GUUCAGCUGGGCUUUGGCUUCGUUUUUGAGCCAGCGAAGCAGCAAACCAGUGCUCGCAAACGGGCUGCCUCCGCAAAAAAUCGUGGCAGAGGCGGUGGAGCUGACAAGAGGACACGUGGGCGUGAUUUGGCAAGUGGCGAACCCCGUGCUGAGGACCUGGAUACUGAGGGUGCGGCGCCAGAGUUGAGAGAGCUCUUGCAGGGAAAUGGCGGCGACCCGGAGAGUGUAAGACUUGACCCGGUUGCGCAAAAAGAGCUUUCAGUUGUGGCCAAGCUAUUGGAAGUCCACGACGAUUCAGAGCCAGAGCCAGAUGAUAGGACUAG